AUGUCGACCUGGAAAUACAUUCAGUACCCGCCCCAGGCUGUGUCUCGCGAGGAGUACUACAAGAAGAUGCGCGAGAUGGCGAACGAGGACAAGUAA